AAUAAAAAUUAGAAAAAAAUUAGUUAGAUAUAAAAGAGAGAGAAAAGAUGUUAAAGAAAUAAAAUUGAAAUAAUAAUUGUUUAUAUAAAAAAGAAAGAGACAGAGAGAAAGAGAGUGAGAGAAAAGCAAUUUACCAUUACAAUUUUCUCACGAAACACAUACAUUUAUAUUGAAUAAUUUGUUUGCGAUUAUUAUCUGUAAUUUCUCCAUGUAAUUAGCAAAAAAAGAAUGGGAUACGUAAUCGUCAUUGCAACAGCGAACGCCAUGAUGAGAUUUACGAUCGAUCAAAACGUCGGAUUGGCUAAUUACGAUUAUCAAAAUUAUUCAUGAUCGAAUUGGAUCGAAAUGGGAAUAUCGAAAUGUUAAAUAGACGUGAAAAUGCGAUUAGGUUAUAAUAUUAAUGGAUUUUGCUUUAUGAAAUUAUGUGCUAGAUCGUACUUAUUUUUUAGGACUUUUCAAAAAAAAAUAAAAAAAAAAAAUAAAUAAUAAAAAAAAAAAUUUCUUUAACAGAUUUUCUGGUAAAAAUGAAUAAAAGAAAAAAAAAUACGAACGAAUAUGCGUGUACGCUUUAGUUCAGCGUUAAUACGCGAUGUACAUAUAUGCAUGAACAUAUGUGGAAAUAAAGCUUUCUUUUUCGUUUGGAAUUAUUCGAGAAGGCUGACAAAUUUUUAAAUCUCGAAUAUACAAUUCGAAGCAUCGAGGUGAAAAGAAAAUGUGAGAAGAAAAAAAAAAUAUAUAUCUUUUGUUGAAUUUUAUUUCGUAAUCGGAUCACGAAUUAAAUUCUCAACAACGCAAAUCCGAAACUUUUUUUUUUUUUUGUUUGAAAACAUCGUCAAUUUUGUUUUCCAAAAAAUUUUUCGAGAAAAACAAAUUUUUCAUGUGAAAUAUUAUCCAACGAAUUAAUUGAUUCAAUGGAGGAUAAUUCCCUACCUGAAUUCUGACCAAUACGAUCGAAGUUGCAUCACAUGCAUCAUAAAUUCCGAUCGAUUAUCGUUUGUUUCAUCCAUAUGAUUACCUUUUGUUAAUUAAAUAUAGAUUUUCAUACAAAUAAGUAACACAUUAAUUAAAUCUCUAAUAUUUCAAAUUCUAAAUUGAUGUGUCAUAUUAUACCUUUUUUUUUGAUAUUUCUCAAAAUUUUAUAACCUUAAAGCAUUCUUUACUUAUUUCUCUCUUUCUUUCUUUCUCUCUCUCUCUUUCUAUAUGUAUAUACAUAUCUUUCUUUCUCGAUUAUGAUUCUCGAUGAGAGAUUUAAAACAAAUAUCUUAAUAAUCAAAUAAUACAAAUAUUAUUUGUGAAUAAGUUGAAAAAUGAGUACGACGAACGAGCGAUGUACAAAAUGUCAUGGCGAUCAUGAGACAGGUAGCAUUUACUGUCCAAAAUUUAACGAAAAGAGAAUAGCAGAUUCUACAAAAGUAUCAUCAGCGAAAUCAUUGGAUAACAGUUAUAUUGUGCAAAUAGUUUCCAUAGGUAUUCGGCCUGACAAUUUCUAUGAGGCGAAGAUGUUACUAGCACCGGAAAUCGAUAUGUCAUCUACGAAAAUAACUGUUAAGGGCAAUAAUCUUCGUGUGAGCGUUCAACGACAUUUAAAUAAAGAAUUUUCGGAUAUGAUACAAAAAUUGCCAUUUAAUGAUUUGUCUAAACAAAUCCUGAAACAUCGAGAAAAUUUACUUAUUCCAGAAACCAUCGACAGCGACGAAGUUCGUGCUGUCGUUGACAAUAAACAUAGGAUGCUCAUUCUAACUGCCCCUACUAUUAAACCGAGCAAAAGAUUAAAAAUGUGAUAGAUCAAAAUAAGUUGUCAUCAAUGAUGCCAGGUAUAAGUUUAGGUGUAAUAAAUUAUUUAAAAUAA